AUUCAGCCUUCAGGCGCCACAGGGUUCGCGUACCCCUGUCAUGCCAUGUCAUGCCUCUGUCAACGACACCAAAACGACGGUGGCUAACAGAUGUACUCGUAAGAGCUCGUAAGAUAAUUUCAUCUCGCGCUUUCUUUCUUGCACAUGGAUCCGAAGCCUCGUUUCAUUCUCCAUGAUCCACAUGAGGUCAGUGUUUAACCAAAUCUCUACUGAUAUUCGGAUCGCUUCAAAUAGUGCCUUGGCCGACCCCUCAGUGGUUCUCUUCGUCGCGAGUUAUUAUGGGCCCGCUCUGAGAUGAGAACUUCAGCAAACACGACCUCUCAAGCUACCAGCUGUUUAUCUAAGUGCAUUUCUACUGGGUGGGAUAUCAGGGCAACCUUAUAUUUCUAUACGCUUCUGUCGUGGAACAGCCGUCGGAGGACAAGCCCAGCAGUCCAAGAUGCGUGACAGCCCGGCAGACUCACCAUCAACGCCGAAACGGAGACGAUAUUCGAGGGUGAGCCGAGCGUGCAAUGAGUGCAGGAUCAGAAAAGUCCGGUGCGACGGCCGCCUCCCUUGUGAACCAUGUCAAGACUUCGACCGUCAUUGUUCUUUCACGUCCACAAGGGGACAAAGGACGGCAGGAGCCCCCCGGACCAAGAUCCUUGAGGAUCGUCUACGACGCGCCAAAGCAUUGCUUUUGAAGAUCCAGGCCCAGAGCCCCUCGCCUCAGCUAAAUCUCGAAGUCAGCAACAUUUUCGAGUCUCCCCCUGGUUCUCCGUUAUCCGAGUCGGAUACGUCGGACCCAGCGGAUGAUAGCUCUGGGGAUCAUCUUGAAAACAUGUUGGACGGCCGAGGCCGGCUCACUUCAACGAAAAAAUCCACCGAGUAUUACGGAGGCGGCUCUGGUUUCGCCUUCCUACAACGCACUCAAGAACUGUUCAAUCCAGAGAUCUCCUCCCGCGACCAGGCCGCCGGCGGUUACGUUGGAUUAGAGGUUAUUUCCAGACUCUUUGAGUCUCCACUUCCGGACAAGCAGGCUCUUGCAACGGACAUCCCCUUCUCGCAAUUACUUCCUUCAAGGCAAACAGCAACGGAACUACUCGACGUAGUUUUUGGACAGACGUACCAACUUUUACAAUUCCUGGACGAACCGAAUUUCCAGAGACAGACAGACCGUAUCUAUGAGUUAGAUCCCAUCGAGUUCGCCGACUCCGACCAUGAUUUUUUGCCGUUAUUCUAUGCCGUCACUGCCCUGGGCUACCUCUUUGACCGGAAGAUGCAUGAGAAAUAUGGCUGCACGGGGGCGGUCAACCAGGCAAUGCGCCAUUUCAUCGCCGCACGCCGCAUGGUGAACCUCGAUCAUUGCACCGAUAUACUGAGCCUACAAACACUAUUGUGUUUCAUUCUAUUCCUCAUGUCCACUGCACGACUUGCAAACGCUCACACCUAUCUCGGUUUGGCUGUGGCAGCUGCCAUGAGGAUGGGUCUUCAUACGCGGACAUGUUCAACGCUGGAGGAUUUGUCAGAGCCUGAAAAAGAUGUUAGACGCCGAGUCUUCUGGACUAUCGUCAAACUCGACAUAUACAGUGGCACUGUCCUCGGACUUCCUGGGAUGAUCAAUGUGGACUAUGUUGACCAGUUCAAACCCAGCGGCCACAUCAAGGACUACGCAGAUGAGACCCAGGGAGGAUUUGCUUCUUUACGGACAAGGAGAAUGUUUGCUGCCUCCGCACAGUACCUGAAUGUUCUAAGGAUCAUGAGCAAAUUGACCCAAAAGCUUUAUCCUAAAACCGACGAAGAGGCUCAUCGUGCCGGGGAAUCGAAAAAGAUAUACGUUAGCAAUGCUAGCAUUUUGGAGAUUGAAGACGACUUCAGAGCCUGGCGAGACGGGCUCUCUGAUGCACUUGGUUCAGACGGUGAGGGCGAGUCAUUGAGCAGUGUGGUCUACGAGCUUGAGAUGGUUCACAAUUUCGGGCACAUGAUACUCUACAGACCAUUUCUGCAUUACCUGGCCAGGACAAGCGUGGAUCAACCUCCAGAUCAACGGCUUCUCCGUUGUGCAAUGUCAUGCGUCAGAACCUCUAGGAACACAAUCUCGCGCUCCGCUGAAAUGCUUCGAGGGGGCUUUCUUGCUCCCGCAGCCUGGCAGUCUGUCUACACGAUAUUUCUUUCGUUGGUAAGCCUGAUAUUCUUCCUUGCCACUCAGCACGGGAACCGAGAAUGUGAAGCCAUCCAAAAGGAGUCGGAGGAAGGCAUUCGCAUACUCGCCAAAACCGCCUGUCAGGACAUUGGUUCACGAAGGUGCUUGGAUGUGGUGACAGUUUUGACCCGCAGACUGUCGCAUAUCAUUGACCUCGAUGUGGAGAGUGUUUGUAAAACAGUCGAGCCGCUAUGUAAAUACCCUGGCGACAGGAGCGGGCCAAUGGAAGAGCAGACUCGACCGCCGGCGCCAGUGAAAGCCGAGAAACCCAUUCCAAGCACAUCGAGAAACAGAGUUGGAAAAGGGAUGACACUUCCGUCUCAUCCACAGCGCGGUGGUCAGCAACCACGACCGUAUCGGCCUCAAUCCACGCCAUUGCCUCCACACCCGGUGAGCGUGCCGGUUUACCAACAAAUGCACUACGCAACGCCGACCCCGAUGUGGGAAUCAUCAGCAGGCACGCCGAACCCUGGCCGCAAUCAGUAUCUCCCUUCUCAAUCAUUUAGUUAUGGCAUAACUCCUGCGCCUCCGCCUCUUAGGUCCGAGGGCAGUGACCGGUAUGGCUCUGCGCAAAUGGAAUUGCCCUACGCUCAAGGAUUUGCUUGGCCUUUUGCACUGACAGGGGAGAACGUAGGCGGCAGGGAUGGAUCAGGCACAUGCUCACAUCCCCCACCGAUGAAUGAUACGCUCACCGAGCAGGACAUCGCUGCAUUCAUGCGAAUCAAUCCUGGAGAAGAGCCUUUCCUCUAAAGCACCGACGACAUCGGAUUCUUAGAUAGUCAGGAACUCUAAAGGCACAGGGUUUUGCGUCGGCAUUCGAAGCAGACUGGGCUCCCAAUGUCGACAAAGAGUGAUGGUCGACAGAGGGCUUCUCUGUACAUACUGGUCUCCCGAAAGAUAAGCACGUGAAAGCGUCAUGAGCACAAUCCAGUAGGGCUGACGAUCAUACUGGCCAGCGAGGAACAAUGAUGCGCAAUGUUACAUUCGCAUUCCUCCCCCAGCCUUACUGGGGCUGCCUCAUGAUGCUUCUAGAAAAGUUCCAUGCAUCCUACUGGUGAACCAUUGGUCGCCAGCCAAGUACUUUGCAUACAAGCAUGUCAAAAGAAAUUACAUGAGUCGUUUUGUCG